AUGGUCGCCCUGGCCACGGAAGACAAGCAGGUGUGCGUGUGGCGAACAGGCGCAGGAUCGGGCACAGCGGCGGGCACCACUGGAGCGCCGGCGGAUCCCGGAGACGCUAGCAAGGCCACCAUGGAAGCCGCGCCGGCGGAGGCGGCAGCAGCAGCAUCCGGACACGUGCUGGGAAAGCGGGAGCUCCCGAAGAAGCCGACCAGCGUUUUGUUCGCGCCAGUGGUGGCACCUCGCGCCGAUGGUGCCGCCGCCACGAGGGAGAAGACGGAAGAGGUUGUCGUGGUUUCCGACAAAUGCGGGGAUGCCUACGCUGCUCCCCUGCCAGACCCGUCCUCGGCGCUCAAGCACCUCCUCGGGCACACGGCCAUGACCAUAACAGCGAUGGUUACCCUCAAGAGGGGGCAGCUCUUGGCCACUGCCGACCGAGCGGAGCACAUUAGGGUCUCCCAGUUUCCUCGCACUACGAUCGUGCACACCUAUCUCCUCGGACACCAAGACUUCGUGUCCGCGCUGGCGGCGGUUCCCGGAGAAGGGGGCACUAUGCUGCUGUCGGGAGGCGGGGACGGUAGGGUGGGCCUUUGGGAGGCGGAGGCUGGUCGAGAGCUGGCAAUGAUCUCGGUGCGGCAGGCCUGCCAGGACCUGGCGGACGGCGAUAACGCCUCCGAGGGAGUUGCAACGAUGGACCUAGAGGAGGAAGAGGGCUCGAAAGAGACCGCUGCCGCCGCUGAUGGUGGGGGGGGGGGAAGCGGGGACGCAAGCAGCUGCAAAAACGGCGAUUCUGGCGCUGAUAGUAGGGGAGAGGGAGAAGCAGGAAGCGGGGGGGUCACGAGCGAGACUCCAAAGGGGGGCGGGGGUGGGGGUGGGGGUGGGGGCGUGCCCCUAAGCGUGUCUUGCAGCGAGGAUGGGAGAACCGUGGCCGUCGUUGUCAGCGGGCUGGAGGGCUUACUGCUUCUGAAUAUUUCGCAUGGAGGAGGUGGCAGCGAAGGGGCAGAGGGGGGGGCGGGGGCGGGGGCUUCUUUCUCCCUUACCCCGCGGGCUCGCUUGCAGCUGCCGUCGGUGCCCAUCCAGGCCGGCUUCCUCGAUGGAGACCUUAUCGUGGCCUUACCCUCGGCGUCUUCGGCCGAUUGCCUGCAGGCGUUCAGCCUUCGAGAUGGCGUGGGAGAGGGUGCGGUGCCGGCGGAGACCGGUAGCGCCAGGGAGAAGUGCAUGAGCAUCAACGCCCGGGCGAGAGAACAGCCUAACGGCGGUUUGGUCCUGCAAGCGGCGGUGCCCGACGAGGACGCCACGGAAGCGCUAGGAGGGGGGCUGCGAAAGCACAAGGGGACCAGGAGCGCUGGGAAGAGCCCGGACGGGUGGAACAACUUCAGCAAGAGUGUCUACGAUAGACAGCAGGGUUGGCGUACGGACGGGAGGGGCUCUUCCCUGUACAACUACGCGAUCGCAACAAGCAGAUAG